AUGUUGUGCCUUCGGGGCUAUAUACUGCCUACGGGGCUAUUACUGCCUACGGGGCUAUUACUGCCUACGGGGCUAUUACUGCCUACGGGGCUAUUACUGCCUACGGGGCUAUUACUGCCUACGGGGCUAUUAUCUGCCUACGGGGCUAUUACUGCCUACGGGGCUAUUACUGCCUACGGGGCUAUUAUCUGCCUACGGGGCUAUUACUGCCUACGGGGCUAUUAUCUGCCUACGGGGCUAUUUACUGCCUACGAGGCUAUUUCCUCUAGGUGGCUGAGCCGAGUCUACGUGGCUGCGCUGGCAGCCCUGACGGCGGCGGUUUAG